GCUCAAAGAUAGGGCCAGUGGCCCACCUAGCAGAUCGUUUUAAGGCCGGUAUAGGGGUCCACUUGAUCCUAGGAAAACUAGACGAUCCACAAAGAAGCAAAUCCAUAUACUUAUACGCCAACACACCCUUGACUCCUCGACCUGAUAGUCCUUCCCAUUAUUGCCGUUCUGGUUCUGGCUGGUCCUCUCAUGAUACAUAACUUACUAACUUACGAUCGAUGGUUGGGGUACCGAUGCGGCCCCCCAUACUCUAGCGGGAAAGUUGUACAGAGACUUCGAAUGACAGGCAGCGUUUAUAUGUGAGUGUGUUUGCUGUGUGACCUUUUGCCCGGUCCAGUGUGGAAUUGCCUGCCAUUUUUAUCAUUGGAAGACGAGGGAUGGAUGAUAGGGAUGGGGAUAAUCGUCCAUAUUACGCACAUAUAAUUGGCAUGUCCACUGCCUCUAUCCAUGCGCUAGCCCUAGUCUCUAUCCCCUCCCCCGUACUCCAAGGUUUGGAACCGUCUCUGGGAGUGCUUCGGCUCGUACACAAAGAGAGAGAGAGAGGGUUAUGAUGGAGUACAGUACUCCGUACGGUUACCCGUCCUUGUCGUAAAACGGACGGGACGACGAGUACUGACAUCAAGCUACAUCUUGCUGGUUCGUCAAACGUCCCAACAGUUACUCGGCUGCUUAACUGGUCAUCUUAUUGUGACCUCGCCUAGCUGAAUAGGAUGGAGAUGGCAUAUACGUGUCAUGAUCGAUUCCUGUACAUCGCAGAUACGAGCAAGUCAGGCAGCACCAGCAGCCGUCGAAAUCAGUCCGUAUGGAGUACAAGCUACCAACCACGGGAAGACAGUCUCUGCCCCUUUGCUCUGCUUGUCGACUUCAGUCCCGACCUAGCCUGCUUAGCCAUCGCAGCUGCGUGGGGUAGCACACGACACUGUUUGUUAGCUCUCCCUGCGUGAACUGGGGGCCAGCAGAUGUACAAUUGGGGGCACUGCUCAUCUCCUUCGUUUGCACAGAGUACUUGUACCAGUACCACUACCGCAUGGGGGAAUGAAUGCUCUGCUAUAGCCACAGAUUUAUGCACACAGUCGCGAGUCAGUCCUUUUCUCUGGCGGUCUGGUAUAACAACCAUUCGGACUCUGGGGAAACAGCAAAAAAGCAAUAAAGUGUGGCCUGCCCAGAAAGCUGGGCUAUGCUGAGAAGCUGACCACCCGGCGCAGGAUCGGGGGGCUGCAUCACUGAUACUAAGCCCAACUCGAAAACGAAAAUUCGGUACUUGUACUGCUCUUCGACCAAGAUUAUUCCUUUUAUAGCAAGACUGAUGACUUCAUAGUUGGAGUACCUGUUCUUUUUUGACCUGCUGAUCCGUGGUUGAACUCAUGGCUGGUGAACAAAAGAAGAAAACCAAGUUUUGCUCCCAGGAACCGACCAAAAAACGAGGAAGAUUGUUGCUUUUUUCCCUUUUUGCUUCUUCGGAUCCAAGCCAGGUACGGGGGAGGGACGAUUAUCAGCCACCGUCGAUCGGUAGAGCUGUGGGAGGGCUCGAUACAAGGCAAAUACUUCAUACUGAAUAGAUGGGUACGGCGCUGUUCAAUUGUAGAAAGUGAGCUACCACCAUCAUUUUGUUUGGUUAAAAUAGUCGAUUCCUAGAAUGCACAUUCAGCUUGGUUUCUUUUAAGCUAUGUACCCAUUAUUUGUACUCCGUACGCUCUAGUAUAUAAAGAGAGACGGUAUAUCAAACAGGUAUUUCUCGUCUAACCACCCCUUCCAACCCAUCGAGGGCCACCACCACCACCAACUACCAUAUUCUAGACUUCCCACUGCAUGCUCUCCGGCGCCUGAUAUGAUAUCCAAAUAGUGGAGGCAGCCCUACAGCCGGGCUUCCAACUUCUUCCAUGCAAUGCAGGGUAAAUGAGUGGUUUGGGACCGGAACUAGGCACAAGAUGGUACAGAAAAGGACGAUCUAUAUGACCACCUCUGUUCCCGUUUGCACCAGUAGUCUCAAAUAUCUAUUUACCACUAUGGGGUAUUCCAAUCUGGGUAUCCAAACCGACUUCAUCACUGGUAGUGAAAGUAGAUAAUGGCCUCAUAAGAAUCCACCGGCAAUUUAGCGUCUACCGAAUAAACAACAUGAGUUAAACGGGCAGCAUAUACGGACAGAUACACUUUUAAUAUCCAGAAAACUCCGAAAUUGAUAGACGCAUACUGCCUUAACUCCUGUUAAUUAACCAUUAAUUAUUUGUCGCUUUCUCUUUAGUUCACUCGGCCCCUUGCAUAAGAGUGGGCGAAGCGGCCUGAGCUUUUCAGAGUGAAAAUCCCUGGCGGUAACCCUGCUGAAGAGCAAGAUAGGAGGCUAUAAAAAUAGGAAUCCCCGUCCAGCAUCCCACAGCCUCGGUGCAAACUGGCCUCUGGCUCCCGGCGAAGAGCGAUGACCAGGGAAAUCACCGACACGAACAGGGAAGUAUCCAAUAGUCCUAUGUAUGUAGCUAGAAAACCUCCGCCAGACCCAGGAGGUCAACCUAUCUCGAUAGGAAAAAAAAAAAAUAGUCGAACGGCGGCACGAUGGCCAGAACUGCUGUCAGCUUCUCGGGUCUGGUCCGCUGGACGAACGGAACGAGGGCUCUCCUAUCUUGUAUUUUGGAGAAAGCAAGUGGUUGCAGGGGGAUAUAUAUUGGGCCUCAAAACGAGGCAUUUUUAGAUUAUCUUCUUUUAAACGACCUGGGAUUAAAAUGCUGGAUUGUUCGAUGCCCAAGACCUGCAUCCCUCUGUCCGGCGAGACGUUUCUUUGCUCGAUGGCAAAAACUGUACUCCGUAGUCGUACCCAGCCAGACCAGGCCAGUCGAGCCGGGGAAGGGUCUCAUAUCUCCGUACCUGAGCAAUUGCCGCUCACCACGCCACAUUCCGAUGAUGAUAAUAAUAAUAACCAGUCCUGCAAGGGUGUUCUGAGAAUGCUCUCGCCAUCGACUUUUGUUCUCACGUCACUCGGAGUUGUCUUGCCGUAUCACAGGAGCGUCAACCUCUGCAUUGUUGCGACAAUAACUCGGCAAAUGAAACCAACGUCUCCGUAUGGAGUACUCUGCUGCAUCUUCACCCAUCGAGAGCAUAUGAAUAACAUUAGCAUGAAUUUCUCGCCAGCGGAUGGUGUGUUAGAGUUCGCAGUCACACAACCUGCCGGUGUUAAGCCUCUGUGAUUCGAUAGUGCCGGCGCUUCCCUGCAGUUGGUUGGCAGGGCAUGUGGACCAAUGACGCUCCUUCACGUCUGGCAGGGCAACCAUGCAGGCCCUCCAACCACCACACGGCGGCAAGCCAUCUCUCACGCCCGCCUCGAAAACACCGCUGCCCUCUGUAGAGGCGUGCUUUCGCUCUGCGACUCCGACUCUGUAGAAUAUCAGUCUGCCUCUUUGAUCGUCCUUUUUUUAAUAUAUCUUUCUUGUGUUUCUUUUUUUAUCUUUUUCGCCUUUUAUGCUUAAACGGCUUAAGCUGAUGGGACCAGCGCAAAGUGGGGCCUGCUCUCAUUCUUAUUGGCCAAUGCCUCUAGCACUAGUCUGCUUCGGGACUAGCGGCGUCUGCCCUGGCGGCUGCAGCCCUUUUUCCCCCUUUUG